AUGGAGCCGUGGCGGCAGUGCGCCCAGUGGCUCAUCCACUGCAAGGUGCUGCCCGCCAACCACCGGGUCACCUGGGACUCGGCGCAGGUGUUCGACCUGGCGCAGACCCUGCGCGACGGGGUCCUCCUCUGCCAGCUGCUCAACAACCUCCGGCCCCGCGCCAUCGACCUGAAGGAGAUCAACCUUCGGCCGCAGAUGUCCCAGUUUCUCUGUUUGAAGAACAUUCGGACCUUCCUCUCGGCCUGCUGCGAGACGUUUGGGAUGAGGAAGAGCGAGCUCUUCGAGGCUUUUGACCUGUUCGAUGUCCGGGACUUUGGAAAGGUGAUAGAAACACUGUCGCGCCUCUCCCGAACGCCCAUCGCGCUGGCCACAGGAAUCAGGCCCUUCCCAACAGAAGAGAGCGUCAGCGAUGAGGACAUCUACAAAGCCCUCCCCGACCUGAUAGACGAGACGCGCGCGGAGGACGAGGAGGGCCUGUAUGACUGUGUGUACGGCGAGGACGAAGGUGGCGAGGUGUACGAGGACUUGAUGAAAGCGGAGGAGGCACAGCAACCCAAAUGUCCAGAGAAUGACAUACGAAGUUGCUGCCUCGCAGAGAUUAAGCAGACGGAAGAAAAAUACACAGAAACACUGGAGUCGAUAGAGAAGUACUUCAUGGCACCGCUAAAACGGUUUCUGACAGCAGCAGAAUUUGAUUCUGUCUUCAUCAACAUUCCCGAACUUGUAAAAGUUCAUCGGAACCUAAUGCAAGAAAUUCAUGAUUCCAUCGUAAAUAAGCACGACCAGAACUUGUAUCAGAUUUUCAUUAACUACAAGGAAAGGCUGGUGAUCUACGGGCAGUACUGCAGCGCCGUGGAGUCGGCCAUCUCCAGCUUGGACUACAUCUCCAAGACGAAAGAAGACGUCAAACUGAAAUUAGAGGAAUGUUCCAAACGGGCCAACAAUGGGAAGUUCACUCUCCGAGACUUGCUCGUGGUCCCAAUGCAGCGCGUGCUAAAGUACCACCUUCUCCUCCAGGAACUGGUCAAGCAUACCACCGACCCCUCAGAGAAGGCGAAUCUGAAACUGGCUCUGGAUGCGAUGAAGGACUUGGCACAGUAUGUGAACGAAGUGAAGAGGGACAACGAGACCCUGCGUGAAAUCAGGCAGUUCCAGCUCUCCAUAGAGAACCUGAACCAGCCAGUGUUGCUUUUCGGACGGCCGCAGGGAGACGGUGAGAUUCGAAUCACCACCCUGGACAAGCACACAAAGCAAGAGAGGCACAUCUUCUUAUUCGACUUGGCAGUGAUUGUCUGCAAAAGAAAAGGUGACAACUAUGAAAUGAAGGAAAUAAUAGAUCUCCAGCAGUACAAAAUAGCCAACAAUCCUACAACGGAUAAAGAAAACAAAAAGUGGUCUUAUGGCUUCUACCUCAUCCAUACCCAAGGACACAAUGGGUUAGAAUUUUAUUGCAAAACAAAAGAUUUAAAGAAAAAAUGGCUGGAACAGUUUGAAAUGGCUUUAUCCAACAUCAGGCCAGACCAUGCCGACUCCAAUUUCCACGAGUUUAAGAUGCACACCUUCAGCCGGGUGACCUCCUGCAAGGCCUGCCAGAUGCUGCUCAGAGGGACCUUUUACCAGGGCUACCUAUGCUUCAAGUGUGGCGCCCGGGCACACAAAGAAUGUCUGGGAAGAGUCGACAACUGUGGCCGAAUGAAUUCUGCGGAACCCGGGACGCUCAAGGCGCCAGAGAAACGGACCAAUGGGCUGCGGAGAACCUCCCGGCAGGUGGAUGCAGGGUUGCCGAAGAUGCAGGUCAUCAGGAACUACGCCGGGACGCCGCCCCCCGCGCCCCACGAGGGGCCCCCGCUGCACAUCCAGGCCGGGGACACGGUGGAGCUCCUGCGGGGAGACGCGCACAGCCUGUUCUGGCAGGGUAGAAAUUUAGCCACAGGAGAGGUUGGAUUUUUUCCGAGUGACGCUGUCAAGCCUUGCCCAUGCGUGCCCAAACCAGUAGAUUAUUCUUGCCAGCCUUGGUACGCCGGGGCGAUGGAGAGACUGCAGGCGGAGACUGAACUGAUCAACAGGCUGAACAGCACUUACCUGGUGAGGCUCCGGACCAAAGAGUCGGGCGAAUACGCGAUUAGCAUUAAGUACAAUAAUGAAGCAAAGCAUAUCAAGAUUGUAACAAGAGAUGGCUUAUUUCACAUUGCAGAAAAUAGAAAAUUUAAAAGUUUAAUGGAGCUGGUGGAGUAUUACAAGCACCACUCCCUGAAGGAAGGCUUCCGGAGCCUGGAUACCACCCUCCAGUUCCCAUACAAGGAGCCGGAGCCCGCGGCCGGGCAGAAGGGCAGCCGGGUGGGCAGCAGCUUGCUGAGCCCCAAGGUGCUGGGCAUCGCCGUGGCCCGCUACGACUUCUGUGCGAGAGACAUGCGCGAGCUGUCCCUGCUGAAGGGGGACGUGGUGAAGAUCUACACCAAGAUGAGCGGCAAUGGCUGGUGGCGAGGAGAAGCCAACGGCAAGGUCGGCUGGUUCCCGUCCACGUAUGUGGAGAUGGAUGAGUAG